AUGGCCUUUGCCUACACGACAGAUGAGGAGGUGGAUAGCGCGUAUAGGACGCUGCGUGCAACCUUCAGCGUCGGCAAAACCAAGUCUAUCGCAUGGCGCAAAUGGCAGUUGAAGCAGCUAUGGUGGCUAGUCACCGACAACAAGGACCGCCUGCUGGACGCGCUGCACGCGGAUCUAAACAAACAUCGCUACGAAUCCUCCUUUACAGAGUACGCGGCCGUCGUAACCGACAUCCUCGAUCAUCUCGAGCACAUCGACGACUGGACUGCACCCAAAAGGCCAGAGGGGGCUUCCUUUUCCACAGCCUAUCUGAUGGGCGCCACCGUGCGGUCAGAGCCUAGAGGCCUGGUGCUCAUAAUCGGCCCCUGGAACUUCCCGAUACACCUCAUGUUACUGCCGCUGGUAGCUGCCGUUACUGCGGGCUGCACCGUUUUGCUGAAGCCAUCGGAACUGGCCACGGCGACACAGGCAUGCCUUGCAGACCUCAUUCCGCAAUACAUGGACACCGAGGCCAUCCGCGUCGUCACUGGCGGUCCAACUGAAACCGAACGGCUGUUGCAGAAACAAUUUGAUCACAUCUUCUUCACCGGCUCUCCAAGUAUUGCGCGCCAUGUCUCAAUCGCCGCAGCCAAGCACCUCACCCCUACCGUACUCGAGCUCGGUGGACAGGGCCCGUCCGUUGUGACAGCUUCAGCCGAUAUCGACUUUGCCGCCAAAAGCAUCGCAGCGACCAAACACAUCAACGCUGGUCAGAUCUGCCUAGCAGUCAACCACGUCCUAGCCCAUCCGAGCAUCGCUGACAAACUCAUCGAACGCAUGCAGUUCCACUUGAAAGAUUUCAGCGUGGACGGAUCUGAAUCAAUGGCCAAGAUAAUCAACAGAAAGAACUUUGACCGCUUGAAGACUGUUAUGGACACCACUAAUGGCAGCAUUGCUUAUGGGGGAGUAACUAAUCACGAUACAUUGGAGAUUCAGCCAACUAUCCUUACCGAUAUUAAACCUAAUGACCCGAGCAUGAAGGAGGAAAUAUUUGGCCCAAUUUGUCCAGUGCUUGUUGCUACAACGGAAGAAGCCAUUCAGUUAAUCAAAAGCAAGCCUCAUCCGUUGGCCAUAUACAUUUUUAGCCAAAACCAAAAGGAAAUUGAUCACAUCAUUUCGUCAACAAUCUCAGGUGGUGUCACUAUCAACGAUACCUUGGUACAUUCAACAGUGCCAGGAGCUCCCUUUGGCGGCGUCGGUGAGUCCGGAUACGGGGCCUACCACGGCGUCUACGGUUUCCAGGCAUUCUCGCACAUGCGCAACAUCGCUCAGCCAGGUGCCAUGCUCCGAGCUUACUUUGGCCUCCGUUUCCCGCCCUAUUCUCGGCAGGAUCCCUCAAAAGUCGAGAUCAAAAAACGACUCGGAUUCAAACGUGGUGAAACUAUAGCCGAUCAAGAAGUUGGCGCUUUACGCGCCCUUUGGAACAACUCUGGUCAACUUUUCCAGUGGACGAUCGUGUUCGCAACUCUCGUUCUAGCGGAUAAGGGAGCCGGGGGAUGGCUUGGUCUGUGGUGGUUAACAGUGCGAGUUGGCCGUUUGGCUAGACCGCUCAUUCUUGCUGUGGAAGUUCUCUUGCGUAGAAACCUACCAGGGCUCGUUUCGUCGUAA